UCUUCAACAACAAACAUGCGUAUUUGUUUUCACAAAACAAAUGUCCAGGCAGAAGGGACAGAUGGAGACUGUGUCACAUUUGUGUUGCAUGAUGAGGACCACACACUUGGCAACUCUCUCCGUUACAUGAUCAUGAAGAACCCUGAAGUGGAGUUCUGUGGUUAUUGCAUCACUCAUCCCUCUGAAAGCAAAAUUAACUUCAGGAUCCAGACCAGAGGGGGGAUCCCAGCUGUUGAGCCAUUCCGGAAAGGGCUGACGGAUUUGAUGGAUGUCUGCCACCAUGUGCUCAACACAUUUGAGGCGAGCGUGAAGGAAUACAAGGCCCAGAAGGAGACAGAAAUGGAUUAGCCCCAUCAGACAGAUGUGUGUGUAUAUAGGGCUUAUUUAUGCUUAAUGGGAAGAGGUUUAUUUUUUAUGGCAGUUCUGAAGACGACCCUGCAGUUUUUCUAAUAAACAGUAUAGAGCACAGACCACACCACGUUCCACUCCAUUCGAAUUCAACAUGGAUAUGGGAAAAAAGAGUUUCUGCGGGCCUGAUUCUGAUGUCCUCUGUGUUGUUUUUAUUCCCUCAUUUUUCCCUAUGUCAGGGAGAAUAAAAUUAAGCUCAGUGCAUUUGCAGAUA